AUGGCCGCAAUCGGAUCGCUCGUGUUCUGCACCGACUGCGGAAACCUUCUGGAUAGCAAUACCGGCCAUCAGAAGGCUGUGCUGACAUGUACAAUCUGCGGCGCAUCCAAUAAGGAUACGUCUUCGAAAGUAGUCACCACGCAUUCCAAACCGUCGGCAUUCCCGUCUGCACUCCGGGCGAAACGGUCCGAAGUCCAGACACUGGCGGCAGAAGACAUGCAGACGGAAGUCGUCGUCAAUCAAACGUGCGAGAAAUGCGGCCGCGAAAAGGUGCGCUACUACGAGCAGCAACUGCGCAGCGCCGACGAAGGCAGCACAAUCUUCUACAUCUGCGACUGUGGGCACAGAUGGAACACCAACAACUGA